AUGGCAGGACUCACUGAUGAUGCCGACCACGAUGCCGGAGAAGCGAUUGAGAAUGUACUAAGUCCACUGUCAGAUGCUGGGAAUCAUGGCAACCACUAUGUCAAACGACUUCGGGCUAGGUGCGUUCUACUAAGACGCCCUGACAACAAGAACACAUUGCGACAACGGAGUCAACCCACUUCUUUACUAAGUCUUGCCUCCAAAUGGAAAUUAUCAUCCAAAGUGGACUGCAAUCUUUACCUUGCCUACAUCUUAUCAGCCAUUCCAACGAUAAACAAACUUCAUUCCACCCUGAAUGAGAAUCGCUUAAGGGAAAACUAUGAUGAAGAGAUUCGUAGGUCAAUCUCACCGGAAGACGUUGGCUGCUCCGUGUUGUGCUACAGCCGUUUGGCCUAA